CAACCAAAGUUCACACCUUUCUUCUCUACUCUGAUCCAUCGGUAACUAAGCUACUAUUUAUAGUCAUGGGUCGGGCUAUACAGUGGGUUGUGAGUGUCGGUUGAGCUUAUGAUGAUGGUUGGUUGGUGAUUCAGAUUGUGGAAUAGUCUUCCUAUUUGUUAAUAUUUUAAAGGCCAUGAUAAGCUGUCUGGCUGGCUGGUUGUCUUCAUUAGUAAUUAGUAUGCUACCUUUUUGGAAAAUGCAAAGUUAAUAUAAUAUACGAGGGCCAUUGAGAGUUGUCGUCUCCUGUUGAUCCUUUUCUAUGGUGGGAUUGUUAGUAGAACCAAGUUUGGGUUUUUUUAUAGCCUAAAGUAAAGAUAUUAGUAUUAUGCCAAUUGGCAUUUGUUCUUUCUCUCUUUAUCUCUCUCACUAACACACACGCGCGCAUCUACCAAAAUGACCUGAAUUUUGACUACUUUGGACUUCAUUUCUCUGACGUUUGUUUGGUGGCCUGCAAAUUUGAUUGCUUGAAUCUUACUCUUUUCAAUUGGGGGGUUGGACCAUAAUUUGGAUCUUUGAUGCUUUCUCUUCAAUUUGGCUUCUUUUCGUUCUUGGGUCAGUCAUGGCUCCUGCUUCGAAGGCUACAUUCUAUCGGGAGGGUCAGGACUGGUUCUGCGACGCAGGUUUGUCUAGCGAUGUUGUUGUGACAGUUGAUGGAAUAAAUUUCCAUGCGCACAAGUUUCCUCUGAUUGCAAGAUGUGGGAAGAUAGUUGAGGAAUUUGAAGAAGCACAAAAUGUCGAUCAGAAUAAACUUGGCAUAAUUUUGAACGAUUUUCCUGGUGGCCCCGACGUUUUCCUCGUGACCGUGAAAUUCUGUUAUGGUAUCCGAUUCGAACUUACACCCAGAAACAUUAUACUUGUGUAUUGUGCAGCAGAUUACUUAAAGAUGACUGAUGAGUAUGGAAAAGACAAUUUGUUGUCCAAAUCGGAGAGUUUGUUUCACAAAAACAUCCUCCGGAAUUGGAAAGAUUGUAUUUUGGCUCUCCAGAGUUCCGAACCUGUUAUUAAAAGAGCAGAAGAGCUCCAAAUUAUAACAAAAUGCUUAAAUUCUGUAUCAAUGAUGGUGUGUACAGAUCCAAGUCUAUUUGGAUGGCCAAUGAAAUUGUAUGGCAGUUUACAGAGUCCUGGAGGAAGCAUAUUAUGGAAUGGUAUAAACACUGGGGCAAGACUCCAAAGCUCGGAAUCUGAUUGGUGGUUCGACGAUAUCUCUUACCUAAACGUAGAAUUGUUUGAAAAACUUAUUUUCUGUAUGGAAUCCAAAGGCAUAAGACCCGAUAACUUAUCAAAUGCCAUAAUGUAUUACGCUCGAAAGCACCUCCCAGGUUUGGGCCGUUGGCAGAAUAGUGCACCUAGAACGGUUAUCAGUUUCAGCCUAACUCCAGCUUCUGUGGAUCAGAGAGUUCUAAUUGAAAGCAUCUCGAAACUGCUUCCUCGAAAGAAGGGGAAAAGAUUUUGCCGGUUUCUGUUGGGACUUCUUCGUGUUGCGUUAAUAUUAGGUGUUAGUGAAUCUUGCCAAGAGUCGCUGGAGAAAAGAAUAGGGAUGCAGCUAGAACUUGCCACUCUAGAUAGUUUAUUGAUACCUACUUACUCGGCUUCUGAUGAUACUUUAUACAACACUGACUGUGUUGAACGGAUGAUUCAUCAUUUCAAAUCAUCCCAACCAGAAAUCAUAUCAUCUUCUCCUGCAUCUCUGGAGUUGGAAGCUUCCCCAUCAUCUGGACCAUUAAAGAAAGUUGCACGGUUAAUAGAUAACUAUACUGCAGAGGUUGCUUCUGAUGUGAACUUGAAACCUGGAAAGUUUCGUGCACUUGCAGAGGCAGUUCCAGAGUCAGCCAGAUCCUUGUAUGAUGGCUUGUACAGAGCACUCGAUAUAUAUUUUAAGGAACACCCUUGGUUACCAGAUAAAGAGAAGGAACAACUCUGCAAUAUCAUUGAUUUUCAUAAACUCUCCAUCGAUGCUUGUGCUCAUGCGUCUCAGAAUGAGAGGUUGCCCCUCAGAGUGAUUCUUCAAGUCCUAUUUUGUGAGCAGUUACAACUGAGAUCGGCUCUAGCCAGCUGCCUUCAGACCAUGGAUGCCGAAAACAUCACCACAGGCCCUGCUGUGCCAAUUCCAAACAGACGUGUCAUUAAUGAGAACCGGAUCCUGAGAUUGGACAUGCUUAACAUGAGGUCCAGAGUGGGCGAAUUGGAGGAAGAAUUUAGUCAAAUUAAGCAAGAGAUGAAGAGGGUAGCUGAUCAGUCACGUAAUUCCAUUAGCUCUCCCAGAUUUUCUAUGAGGCUAAUGGGUUGCAGCCGCAGGCUUCUUCCUCGAUCCUCGAAUGCUGAAAAUGACGUUGUUGUGACCGCGCCUUCACCCAGGGCAUCGGUUGAGAAAGCACGCUCUUCCCACCAUUCUGGACAAAGGACUUCCACCUUGGCCUAAGUGCCUUUGAAAAUGUAAAGAAAUUAAAAUCACUGGUCUUGACUUCAAAGGGUUCAUUUCAGAAGCUAACUAUUCUUCACCUGCGUUUCAUUUUGAGGAGUUCGCGAAGGAAAAGAAAGGAUGACAUCGGAUUUUUCUAUUACUUAUUAUCCAGUUAUUUAAAAGGUAAUCAAUCCCCCUUCAUUUCCUAUAGUGUUUCUUAUUGCUUUGUCUUUUCCAUCACGAAAUCAUUCAAACAAACGCAACUCAAAGAACAGACAAGUUUCUUUUAGAAACAAAUGUGCUGCUAGGUAUGUUUCAAAUGAAAAAGAAUAAGAAAUAUUGUAAUUAUUAGGCUAUACAUGUAUAGAUCUUUGAGCAUACAGUAUUACUGGGGUUUGUCUGAAAUCUCAAAAGCUGAUGAUAUAGGAUUCUGGUUUCUUUGUAACUUUUUGUUUGCUCACAUUUAUUCUGAUGAAUCAAAUCUUCUUUUGA